UCUAACGAGAGAAGAAGAGAGGUGCGGAAGUAACGCCCUUAAAAACAAUUUAGCCACUUUAAACUGUACAAAUCUUUGCUGUUUUAUUAAAUAUUGUUUUUAAAUAUAAAAUGUGUACAGGUUGCGUGCAGAAAGAAUAUCCUGACAGGGGGAACACCUGCCUGGAUAACGGCUCGUAUCUGAUGAACUUCCAGGGAUGUGCCAACUGCCAGCAGCGAGACUUUGUGCUCAUCAGCGACAAGACGCUGGUGGAUGAAGAUGAGGAGGAGAUAGUCACUUACCUACAUAAGUGCAAGAAUUGUGACCACGUCAUCGCCAGACAUGAGUACACCUUCACCGUAGUGGACGACUAUCAGGAGUACACAAUGCUGUGUAUGCUCUGCGGGAAGGCGGAAGAUUCCAUCAGUGUGAUGCCGGAUGAUCCCAGACAGUCCGCCCCGCUCUUCUAAACCACCGGAGGAGAUGGGGCGUCUGUCUGUCUGUCUGUCUUACAAGAGCUUCCACUCGCGCAGACUUUCCUUUUAUGUUAAAAUCCUGUCUUGCCAAUUUGUUUAUUUGUUUUUAGAGCGGGAUCGAGUCAGCAAAAAUGGUCUACAGCUCAGUUUUCUGGCAUUCUCUCACACAAUCUGAUAAGCUUUAAUCCUGUUAAUAUCUGACAAGAGUGAAGAGAAAAAUAAAUAGUGAACAGAUAAACAAAUCCUGUAUGUUUUAGAGUAAAGCCUCCUGCUACGCCCCUUAAUCAUUUCAUUUAAUGAAUUUAAAAUCAGUUUAAUGUACACUGUAAACCUUUAUUAUAACUCUUUUUGUAUGCUUUGUCUAAAUAAAAUAAACGAUGCACAGUCAUGGACUACGGA